AUGUCCAACCCUCCGCCAUCCGGCGCUGCAGGCGGGUCAUGGCAGCAGCAGCAGCAGCCUCAAAGCCAGCAGAGUGGCUACAGGCCCCUCAACGUGAGGGACGCACUGAGCUACCUUGACCAGGUAAAGAUCCAAUUCGCCGAUCAACCAGAAGUGUAUAACCGCUUCCUCGACGUUAUGAAGGAGUUUAAAGGACAAGUCAUCGACACCCCUGGCGUCAUUGAUCGCGUCUCGACUCUGUUCCGCGGACAUCCCUCGCUCAUCCAAGGAUUCAACACGUUCUUGCCACCCGGAUACCGCAUUGAAUGCUACGGCCCCGAGGGCGACCCGCAGGGCCUGAUCACCGUUACUACCCCCACCGGUACGGUUUCUCAGGUUCCCGGCGGUCUCGCCGCGGCCAUGGACCAGCGCGAGCGCGCUGCCGAGCAGCAGCAGCGUGAGGCUGCGGCUGCGGCUGCCGCUCCUCCCAACGCGGAUGCCGGACCCAACAACGGUCCCUACGCCCAGCCCCCCGGUGGGCCCGCUCCCCACGGUGCCGCCUACGGUGGAGGCCGCCCCUCUGCACCCCCCGCGCCGGCCCCAGCCCCGUCGCGUGUUGCCGCACCUCCAUCCGUCGGUGCCAUGCCUCCUCAGCACCCCCUCCCUCCCUCCGGACCUUCCACUCCGGGUGCUGCCCAGUUCCUCGCUCAGCAGUCUCAAGCUCAGCAGCCUCCUCCCGGUAACGUUCGUGCUCCCAUCCUGGAGUUCAACCACGCUAUCUCUUUUGUCAACAAGAUCAAGAACCGCUUCAACUCUGAGCCUGAGACGUAUAAGAACUUCCUGGAGAUUCUGCAAACCUACCAGCGCGACCAGAAGAUCGAGGAUGUGUAUGAGCAGGUCAUUGACCUUUUCAAAAACGCUCCCGACCUUCUCGCCGAGUUCAAGCAGUUUCUCCCCGAGUCUGGUGGGUUCGGAUUCGGCUCCUUCGUCCAAGCUGCUGCUGGAAGUGGACAGCCUGCCCCGCCCACUGGAGGACAGAAGCGCAAGGAGACCAAGGAGGCUGCCCCGAAACAGAAGCGCAGCCGUGCCAACGAGUCCAAGGCUGCCGCCGCCCGCAACAAGAAGGCCGACAGCCCUGUCGAGGAGGAGCCCGCCAUGUCUGCGAACGCUCCCCAGACGCUGGCCUCGCCCGAGGAGGUCGCCUUCUUCGACAAGGUUAAGAAGUACAUCGACGACAAGGUUACCUACCACGAGUUCCUGAAGCUUAUCAACCUGUUCACCCAGGACAUCAUCGACGCCAAGGUGCUCCUCGACCGCGCUGCGCUUUUCAUCGGCGACGCUGGCGACAUCUGGGCGACCUUUAAGCGCAUCGUCGGUGCGGAUGACCUCGGUCACAUUGGCCACGCCACGCAGGCGCAGAGCGGCUUCGGCUUUGGUGGAAUGAUCAACAUCGACAACCAGCUUUCCGAGAACACCCCCAUGCUCGACCGUGUCAAGCCCGACUACGGCGGCCCCAAGGUCAAGGCUUAUGGACCCUCGUACCGCAAGCUGCCAUCCACUGAGGUCAACCUCAACUGUACCGGACGCGACGCAAUGUGCUGGGAAGUUCUCAACGACGAGUGGGUGUCUCACCCGACGUGGGCGGCUGAGGACGCCGCUCCGUUCCUGGCACACCGCAAGAACGCCUACGAGGAGGCUCUUCACAAGUCUGAGGAGGAGCGUCACGAGUACGACUUCCACAUUGAGGCCAACCUGCGUACGAUUGCUCUGCUUGAGCCCCUCAACAACAAGAUCCAGGCCAUGGACCCCGAGGAGCGUGCCCACUUCAACCUCAAGGCUGGACUCGGUGGCCACAGCCGAUCGAUCUACCAGCGUAUCAUCAAGAAGGUCUACGGCAAGGAGCUCGGCCCUGACAUCAUCCGCGCUCUCCACGAGAACCCCGUCGUCGCUCUCCCUAUUGUCCUCGACCGCCUCAAGGCCAAGGAUGAGGAGUGGAAGAAGGCGCAGCGGGAGUGGAACCGCGUCUGGCGUGAGCAGGAUGCCAAGAACUUCUACAAGGCGCUCGACCACCAGGGUGUCGUCUUCAAGUCUGCCGACAAGAAGACGAUUGCUACCAAGGGUCUCAUUGCCGAGGUUGAGGCUCGUCGUCGCGAGCAGUCCAACGCUCGCAACGCCCUGCUGAACCCUCGCUCGACUCCUCGCCCUCGCUACCAGUUCUCCUUUGAGUUCAAGGACGUUGACGUGCUCAAGGAUGCUCUCAAGCUCAUCUUUGGCUACCUUGACCGCAUGCCCUCUCUGCAGCCCGCCGACAAGGAGCGCAUUGAGAUGCAGAUCCGCGACUUCAUCCCCACCUUCUUCAUGUUUGACAAGGAGGAGUUUGACGCGGACUUUGGAGACGCCGAUGGCACCGAGGACGAGUCUGCCGCCGAGUCUGACGGUGACGUCAGCAUGGCCGACGACGAGGACUCGACGUCUGGCAAGAAGAAGAAGGGCUCGCAGGCUUCCCUGCGCAAGCAGGUCCUGAAGGCUGUCGGCGAGAAGGGCGGACGCGAGGGAACCAGCACCCCUGGUGAGGACGGUGGCGACUCUGGCGAGGCCACCGAUGCUGCCGACGGUGACGAGAACGAGCAGACCUGGGUUCAGAUGGAGACUUCUUCGACGCACUCUGAGGAGGCCGCCGAGGCUGAGCCCAAGCCGAAGCGCUCUCGUGCCGCCAACUUCUUCGCGAACAACCACUUCUACAUCUUCAUCCGCCUUCUGCAAAUUCUCUACUCGCGUCUGCUGCUGUGCAAGGGUAUCGCCGCCAAGCUCAGCAACGAGAAGAAGCGUCCCAUCAACCCGGUGGCGAUUGACCUGGGUCUUGCCGAGCCUGCCACCCAGAACUUUGGUGUCGAGAGCGGCGAGAACCCCGCCCAGCACUACUACGACCACCUGCUGGCUCUUGCCGAGCGUCUGUUCGACAAUGACAUUGACCAGCCGACGUACGAGGAGACGCUGCGUCUCAUGUUUGGCAACAAGGCGUACACCAUGUUCACUGUCGACCGUGUCGUCGGUGCCAUUGUCAAGCAAACUCAGCAGAUCGUCGGCGACUCGAAGAGCCAGGAGCUGCUCAACCUCCUGCACCGCGACCGCGCUCAGGAGCGGACGACGACGCGCCAGCAGAUUGCGUACCGCAUGAACGCCGAGGCUGUUCUCGGUCCCGACGAGAACCUGUUCCGCAUCGAGUACAUUCCUCGCAGCGAGACGGUGACGAUCCAGCUCCUCGCGCGCGAGGAUCUGACGGUCGACGACGCCGAGACGGCCGAGCAGCAGUGGCGCCAGUACAUUGACAGCUACGUGUUAACGCACCCGACAGAGGGGCUCCCGCACCGCGUCGAGCAGCCCUUCCUGACGCGGACAUUAGGCGAGAUCCCGGACGACCUCGGGCCCGAGGUGUUCAAGUCCAAGUCGGAGCUGCAGUUCCGGGUAGCGCUGGGCAACUACCGGAUCUUUUACAGCCCGAACACGGAGGACGUGUUUUACCGCCAGCGCAGCGAGGGCACGGUGCGCGAGGACGACGCGAGGGAGAAGCAGUACCUCGAGGGCGCGACGAAGCGGCUCGUCGACUGGGUCAACAAGACGAUCGAGGAGCCCGAGCCCGCCGCAGAGGGCGCAGAGGACGAGGCUGUCGCCGCUGCUGCCGCCGCCGACGAGGCCAACGAGGUCGAGGCUUAG